AUGACUUUCCCUGAUGGUGGGCUUCGGGCAUGGAUGGUCGCCCUUGGGGUAGGAUGCGGGAUUGGUUCCACAUUCGGUUUCGUCAAUGCGUGGGGAGUCUUUCAGGCGUAUUAUGAGGAGACUAUGCUUCCGGACGUCCCUCCCUCAACAUUGGCUUGGAUAGGUUCCGUUCAGUACGCACUGGUCUUCAUUCCAGGUCUUGUUUUCGGCCGCCUAUUCGACAUGGGCUGGUUCAAGCUUCCACUCUUCAUCGCUUCCUCGGUCCUCGUGACUGCAACGUUCCUCGUCGCGCAAUGUACGGAGUUCUGGCAGCUCAUCCUGUGCCAGGGUCUCGCGGUUGGCUUCGCAUGUGGAGCCAUUUUCGGCCCCAUGAUGGGCAUCUUGCCGCAUUGGUUUCAGAAGAAACUUGGUCUCGCAUACGGCCUUACCGCGACGGGGUCUAGCAUAGGCGGGACGCUCUUCCCCAUUGCUGUCAAAAACCUGAUACAGGAAGUAGGCUUCCCAUGGACCAUGCGCAUCAUAGGAUUUAUUCUAGUCUUCACGCUUGGCAUCUGUAACCUUACAACAGACCGCCGUCUGCCACCCAAGCCCCGCCAGGGCCCUUUCAUCAACCUGCGUGCAUUCAAGUCGCCCGCGUACACCUUCUAUAGCCUAUCUGCUUUCAUGAACUUCCUCGGGCUGUAUACAGUCCUAACGUACAUUGACGUCAGCGCAUCCUCCGCUGGCAUAUCACAGAACCUUUCUUUCUACCUGCUGCCCAUAGCGAACACCGGCUCACUCUUCGGCCGUAUCGCGGCUGGAUUAAUGGCGGAUCGCUUUGGGCCCAUGAACACGAUCAUCCCCGCGAACAUUAUCGCGGGCGUUUUGACGUACGCAUGGCCGUAUUCGAACUCCCUCGGCGGGUACAUCGCUGUCGCCAUCGUGUAUGGUAUGUCUUCGGGCGUGUAUGCCUCUCUCGUCGCACAGCCGAUCGUCCCCAUGGGUGAGCGAUGGGACGUGGGCACGCGCGUGGGCAUGGCGUUCACGCUGCUCGCCCUCGGCGCGCUCGCAGGUCCUCCGAUCUCGGGCAGCACAGUGGAAGCAGGCGUGGUCUUGUUGCUAAUCUCACGGUAUCUUGUGCUGAAGGGGAAGCUGUGGGGUAAAUGUUGA